ACUGGUGGUGGGGAAGGGGAGGACAUCUAUAAAUUGGUAAAUGUACGACCAAAGUAAUUAUCAUCUUUGAAUUGUUCAAGUUUCACACACACACACACAGAAUGGAACAAGGAGGGAAGUCACUUAGUGGUAAAAGGAUUGCUAAGGUGAAGAUCAAGUCUGAUGGUGAUGUUUUUCAUGAGUUAUGGAAGUCACUCCAACUCCAAAUUCCCAGCUUGACCCCGACAACCUUCAAAAAUUGUCAAACUUUGGGAGGUCAAGUUGGAAUCGUUGGCUGUGUUCUCGUAUGGAGCUAUUUCCUUGAUGGAAAAGACUGUUUAGCGAAGACGCAAAUCGUUGACAUUGACUCAGAAAAGAAGUCUAUCACCUAUAAGUUACUUGAUGGGGAUCUGGCGAACCUAUAUGAGACGUUGAUUGUGAAUAUUCGUGUAGAGGCUGAUGGCUUAGAAAACCUUGUAACAUGGACAGCCGAGUAUGAGAAGCUAAGCCCUGAUGUUCCAGACCCGGAUACACUUAUGGACUUCUACAGAAAGGCUACCAAAGAAAUAGAGACACGCCUGCUUCAAACUAAGUAAAUCUGUUUCAAAGUCAUGAUAUACCGUAAGAAUACUUCGGAACUAAAUAAUUGAUUGAAUAUGCAUGUUUUGCUACCAUAUUGUAAAAAAACUUUUUUUUUUUUUUUUUUUUUUUUUUU